CUUGUCACAUAUUCUGAACUGUCGUGUACCUUAUUAUUACAUCCGCCGGUAGGCGAGCGGUUUUGUCACCUAACGAACUCCCAAAUGGCGGGUUAUAGCUUUGUUGAAUAUUUUGGGGGCGAUUCCGGUCAUCGUUGUGGCUAUUGUGGAAGCAGUGAUACCAACUACUCGCAUGGUAUGUGGGCCCACCAGAUGACUUGUUUGGAUUACCAAGAUCUCAUUGACAGGGGAUGGAGAAGGAGUGGACAAUAUGUGUACAAGCCAAUGAUGAAAAAAAUGUGUUGUCCUUCUUAUACCAUAAAAUGUGAUGCACUGUCUUUCAAACCAAGCAAAUCUCAGAAAAAAGUUCUUAAGAGGAUGACCAAGUUUCUUACAGUUCCCAAAUCUGAGUCAAGUUCCAAGACUGAUGGUGAAGAUGCAGCUGGAUAUCUUUCUGAAGAAUUGGAUCAUGCUCAUGAAACAGCUUUUGUAGAACCUCCUCUUGGAGUGAAGCCAUCUGAAUCAGUCAAGGUUGGGGAUAUUAACUGCGAUGAAUUGGGAAAGGAAGAUUUAAAGGCUACUAAGGAAACAAAAGCCACAAAUGGACAAGUGCAUUUAAGGGCAUCAGCAUCUUCAGGUCAAAUGGUAGAUGAAUCAACAAGGAAAACCAAGCCAUGUAAAGACAAGAAACCAGCACCUGGUUUAGGAGCUGAUCCAAACAAGCCUCCUUGCCGCAAGGCUAAAAUCCUUCGUCAAGAGAGAAAAAUGAAGAAACUUGCAUCAGUCAGUGGGGAACAGAAAACUGAAUCUCAGUCAAGUUCCCAAAAUGCCAGAGUCCCUAUUGCUAAGUCGUUGGAAGACUUCAUGAUUGACAGAUUGCCCAACCAAUCACCCAUUCAUGAUCUCCAGAUCAAGCUGAUUCCAUCAAAUCGAAACAAUCAGCAAUUCAUUGAAACCUUGCCACAGACCAGAGAGUUGUUUUUCAAAUACCAGCGAUUUAUUCAUGGUGACCCCCCUGAAAAAUGCACAGAUAAAAGGUUCAAAAGAUUCUUGGUUGACUCUCCUCUCGAGCGCACAACUGGACCAGAAGCCCCACCAAUGGGCUUUGGAUCGUUUCAUCAACAAUACUUUCUCGGCGAUAAACUCAUAGCAGUUGGAGUGCUAGACAUUCUUCCGCGCUGCGUUUCGUCUGUGUAUUUCUUUUAUGAUCCCGAUUAUUCAUUUUUAUCUCUUGGGGUCUAUUCCGCUCUGAGGGAAAUUCAUUUUGCUCGCUGCCUUCAAAAAAGCGUCCCGACCAUUCAGAGUUACUACAUGGGUUUCUACAUACACUCGUGUCCAAAAAUGAGAUACAAGGGUAACUACUCACCAUCCUACCUGGCCUGUCCAGAGACGUUCAAUUGGAUUCCCAUGAAGCAGUGUCUCCCUAAGCUCGACCUCAGUAAUUAUUCUCGGCUCGACGACUCAGACGAAGAAUCUCCCAAAGCAACCGCGGAUGACGUGCUUGUUUUUUAUAAGCGGAAAGCCUUACCUUACCAGAUGUAUGAAGCUUAUACAGAGGCAAAUGAUCGCGGGGAGGUUCAGGAGUACGCAGAACUCGUCGGACCUGAGGUUUUGCCAAGGAUGCUGCUCUACAGAUCCGGUUAAAAUAUGCUAAGGUUCCAGGCCAAGAGAGGAUAAAGUCAAGGCGUGGCGGUCAUAUUUAAGAAACGAUUGUUCGGGGUAAAAAAGUUAUGAAACGGUGCAUCAAGGCGGGAGCCUCGAAAAUCGUUUAGAAAGCCUUGAUGUUAGCUCAAGAAAAGAGUAUUCGAACGGAUUUCAGCAAAUUAAAAGGGGGCGCUACUCCGACAACAAUAACAAUAGGUCAGUGGGUGUUAUGCAUAUUCCUUGCUCUUUUUUGCGAGAAGGUCUUUCUUUAAGCCUUGUGCUCCAAGCUUCGUAGGAUCAGGAAUUGAUUAAUAGAAAGGCAAAUAUCUUCUGUUUGAAAUAAAAUGAUAUGCUUGGUUUAA